CUAUAGGACUGCUUGGCUGGCGCUGAUUAGAAUAUGUUAAGAGACUCCCGCCAAAAACAUUGAUUAGCUAACCACCUCCGUCACCGGCUUCAUUAGAAAAUACAUUGGCGACGUUGUACCCACGGUGAGGGUUUCCUGCUUCCCCAAUCAAAAGCCCUGGAUUAACACAGAGGUUGGUAAUAAACUAAAGAACAGGUAUGGGACAAUACCGGAAUAAGUACAAGAAGUCCUGCUAUGGAUCUGCCCGAUGAUGCCUCUACCAGACAAACUCAAUGCAUUUUAUGCUAUGCCAACAACAUCGAGCCUGCAUUUCAAAUAACAGCGUUUUCUCUCUUCAGCAAAGCUGAGGAGGAUACCAGAACUGAGGCUCAGAAGAAAGAAGAUGAGAUCAUUUUACUUUUGAAGAGAGCCAAGCUCAGUAUAAUGCGUGGGCAGCUGCAUGGAGCCAAUGGAUUCCUUCACCAGGCAAUUGCGCUGGCCCACCAGUCUCGCAAUACACAAGCAAUCAUCUACACCUACAGCCUGAUGGCAAACCUUGCCUAUGUCCAAGGUGAGCUGGAUAAUGCAGAGAAACUGUUCAAAGCGGCCAUGAGUUUCAUGUUGUCCGGAGGAACACCAGAGGACGACAAUGGGGUCAUUGAGAUGUCCUUGAAGCUUGCUACCAUAUAUGCCGGCCAGAAUAAGAAUGACCUGGCAGAGACUGGUUUCCAGUUUUGCACUGAAUCCCUUGAAGCCAAGUUAGAGAAAUUCAAGGCACUUCCCGCUGAGGAACAGUCAGAGGAGUUGCGGAUGGAGACCCGGCUGCUGCUGGGCCUGACCUUGGACUCCCACGCUCGCUACAUGGCCGCCACACACCGCCUGAGCCGGGCGGCACUGGACUACAAGCGAGCCCUACUGAUCUGCCAGGAGGAGCAGGGAGAGACCCACUCACAGACAACCUAUUGGAACGUAGUGGGUUGGGACCUAAAGACUUACCGUCACCUCUACUGUGGUGUUAAACAACCUAUUGGAACGUAG